AUGGCUCAUAUAGGUAGCGACGCGGUUGAGUCGGUGCCUCCAGGUAUCAUUGGGACCCAGGGCAUUGAUUCGAAUAGCCAAUCCCAAGAUGAAGAGAGUCCAUUACUGCCGCGAUCUGACACAGAGCCUAAGCUCAAAGCGUUGACGGGCGUUGGGACAAUUAUCGCGGUGCUUCUGCUCGGUGAAUUCAUUUCCAAUGCCGAUGCGACACUUGUUAUGGCCGCGGCAGGCCGCAUCUCCUCCGAAUUCAAUCGUUUACGCGACGCCAGUUGGCUCUCAACGGGCUAUACGUUGGGUCUUUGUGCUGCACAGCCAAUGUAUGGAAAAUUGAGUGACAUCUACGGUCGCAAGCCAAUGCUGCUGCUCUCAUAUCUGUUAUUCGCAGUUGGCUGUAUAAUGAGUGGCCUCGGAACCCAUAUGUGGGUGGUGAUUUGGGGUCGUGCGAUCAGCGGGAUGGGCGGUGCGGGAAUCAUGACCAUCAGCUCCAUUAUCAUCACAGAUAUCGUGCCUAAGCGUGAGGUCGCUACUUGGAGAGCAUAUGUGAAUAUCGCCAUGACACUUGGACGAAGUCUCGGAGGUCCGUUGGGUGGUUGGCUGAGCGAUACUAUCGGAUGGAGAUGGUUGUUCAUCCUGCAAGCUCCGUUCCUCGCUCUGGCUGCAGCUCUCGUGAUUGUGAAACUGAACGUCACUGAGAGACCACAACCCACCUCCAAGGAAAACAAACUCGCCCAGGUCGAUUUCCUCGGAACGGCACUGCUAGGCUCAUCAAUUGUCGCAAUGACCACACUCCUCGACCAAGGCGGGAAGUCCUUCCCAUGGAGCUCAUGGUGGACAGUCCUCCUAGCAAGCGGCGGGGUAUCACUCCUAAUCGCCUUCGUGCUCGUGGAAGCCUACGUUGCCCACGAACCAAUCUUCAACCUGCGCAUUCUCCGGCGCACAAAUGUCUCAAUGGCCUACAUAAUUGGCGCACUCCAGAUCGCUGCGCAGCUGGGAAUGAUGUUCUCCGUCCCACUGUAUUUCCAAGUGACACAGCGCGCAUCAACCACAGCAGCAGGCGUGCAUCUUAUUCCAGCAGUGAUAGGAAAUACUCUGGGCGGAUUACUAGCGGGAAUCUUCAUCCGGCGCACAGGACAAUUCAAAAUCCUCCUCGUUGUCGCCGGCCUGGUUGCAGGCAUUUCCUACCUCCUCCUCUAUCUCCGCUGGGACGGACACAGCGGCUUCUGGGAGUCGCUAUUUAUUCUUCCAGGCGGAUUGGGCACGGGAAUCGCAUCGGCGUCAUCAUUCAUCGCCAUGUCUGCUAUGCUACCGGCCGAGGAAAUUGCUAUGGCGACAGCGGGAUAUAUGCUUAUUGUGGGAUUCUCCAUGACGGCUGGUGUGACCACGUCCAAUUCUGUUCUAGGGAUGGAGUUCCAGCGGCAGCUAAGGCUAAAUCUUCACGGGCCUGGCUCUGAGAAGGUUAUUCAACGUGCGAUGGCUGAUACAAAUUAUAUCGCGCAUCUAAGUGGUCACCUGCGGGAGAUUGUGGUGGCUUGUUACGUUUCGGGACUUAAGCAUACAUAUCUUGUUUCCCUUGGUUGUUCGCUUUUGGCGUCAUUCGGCGGGCUGUUUAUUGCGCGCCAUCAAAUCUAG